AUCAAAAACGAAACGAAAAUAAAAUAUUAAACAACGUAUGAAAUUGAUUUUUAUGUCCUUAUUUAAUUGUUUUCUCUUUAAUAUGCGUUCCUGAGGUAUUAAUUGAUACUACAUCUAUUUAGUGUGAUAGGUUUAUUGAGGAAAAGAUGUCCAAUGGCGAAUACAGACACGUUUGGCGAAUAGUCAUCAGGAACUUCAUUAAUUCCUUGAAGCCAAGGCAAAUUCAAGGGAAUCAUAUAGGUAAGGAUUAUAUAGGGAAUAUGUACUAUGAGAUACCAGCAAAUCCUAGUGCUGGCAAGAGGAAGGCAUCACGGUGGUACGACCCACCGAAGGGUCAAGAUUUUCAGGACCCCAUACCAGCUGAGUGGGAAUCUUGGCUUAGAAUGCGAAGAGUAGAACCACCAACAGCCGAAGAGAUUGAGAAAAAUCUCGCCAUUGCAGAGAUGAAAAAGAUAAAUGCAGCCAAGUUGGAACAACAAAGGUUGGCUGAAGGCGGCGCCCUACCUGCUACGAUGGAGAAGGGCCCGGAAUCUUUUCCAAAAUACAGAGAAUAUCAAGCAGGCGAUCCAGAUAAUAAAUAUAAUAGAAAUAGUUAAGGAUUUAUUUAUUUAUUUUAUUAGUUCAAUGUCAUUAGUUGGUAGUACUUAGUACUUACUAAACCUGCCUGUGAUUUAACGUUAUUUGUUAGAAAGCAAUAAAAUGUUUUAAAAUAUCAAA